AUGUGUGCAUGUGAGGAGACGAAUGAAGUUAUGUUGAGAAAGGCAAAGUAUGAUGAUGCUUGGCGAAAAUUUGUAAACGCUCAUGAACAAUAUAUUGAAUAUAUCAUUUCAAAGGAAGAAAAAGAAAAGGCACUUCUGAGUUAUGAAAGGCAGAAGAUAAGAAAAUUGUAUUUAGAUGAGGAAGUUCAGCAAUGGUGCAAAAAUCUCGAAUUGGAAGCAAGAGAAAAUGCAGAAGAAGUGUCAAACUCUGGCAAGAAGCAAAGUGGAACAGCCUGAACAGGUAAUCUUUCUGAAAUAUCUAGUCGGAGUGGAAGGUCAACAGCUAUAUCAAGAAAGGCGGAGAAGUUGGCUUUAGCAAAGCUGAAAGUUACACAGUUGAAGAAACAACAUCAGCUUGAAAGGAAAAUGACUGAAUUGAAGUUUGAAAAGGAAAUUAUGGAGGCACAAAUGGAAGAAGAGCGUGCAGCGGGUAAGUCUUAUUUAUGAACCAGAUAAUGAGGAAGAACAGAAUUUAGAUCACUAUGAAGAAGACAGAUUACAACUUAGAGACGGUGCUAUGAAUAGGUCUGGCUUAAAAUCAGUAAAUCCUAUACAAACUAGUAAAGCUAAUAGAGAAACAUUUAACUUUCCGAGGGAACUUUAUGUAUCUAGAGGGUCAAAGAUUGAAGAAUCCACACCUAGUCAGAAACAAGAGGGUGUUUCGAGAUAUUAUGUGGAUCAACCUACUCUGAGGCAAUACGGACAAGAACUGCCAGAGUUAAGUCAAAACACUGCAUUUACAUAA